UAAGAACCUCAAUAUAGCAAACUUCAACAUUGAGGUGGCAGGAGUUAAUUUUAUUACAGUAGAUAAAAAAAUGAACCAAGCUUUAUCAAAUAAAACAUUGAAAAAUGUCACUGGCUCCCAGGCUAUUAGUUCGACUGCCACUGCAUGAGAUUCAUGAGAAAAUUCUGUCAAAUUUGACGCGUAUUUCAUUCAUUAAUGUUUGAAUAUCACAAUUCGACCAGUUCCAGCAUCAUGUCUAUAAGACAAAUGUACCAGAACGAGGUGAUCAUCCUGGAUAGAGGUGCCUACACGACAUGCGCAGUGAAUCUCUACGGGGCACUGAUCACCUCCUGGAGGAUCCAGAAUAAGGAGCACAUUUUCCUGAGCAGGCAAUCCAAAUUGUACUACAUGUCUAGGGCCAGAGGGGGGAUAGGUGUGGCUUUCCCGAAAUAUGGCAAAUGGGAGUUUGGUAAGAUGCACGGGUUCGCUAGAGACUUGAAAUGGAGCGUAGAAAUGCCCCCCAAAAGGAUGGAAAACGGCGAUAUCUGCGCAGUUUUCAGUCUCCAAAAUGACGAGUACACCAAAAGCCUGUGGGCCUACAAAUUCAAACUCCUCUACAAAAUCACCCUGAAAGAAAUGGAACUAGUGACACAUUUCACCGUGAUAAACACCUGCCAACAUUUCACGAUGGAAUUCGAAAUCGUGCAACACUGUCUGUUCAAGGUGAGCGACGUUGCCAAGUGCAAAGUGGUCGGUUUGAAGGAUUGCAGUUUGGUGGACAGGGUCGAAGCAUGCCAAAAGGCAUAUCCGAAAGAAGACAGAGAGGAAGUCGAUGUUCUCACGAAGACAGACAGGUUGUACAAAGAUACUCCAGACGUGAUUUAUAUCACCAAUGGAGAAGGAGAAGAGGUGAUCAAAAUAACGAAGAGUAACCUGCCGGAUUUCAAUUUGUGGAAUCCUUGGAUAGAGCAAGCGAAAGAAUUGCGGGAUUUAGGUGAUGAUGAAUAUCAAUAUUUCCUCUCAACUGACUGCGGUGUGAUAGCAAAACAAAUCUCUUUGGGUCCAAAUUGUAGCUGGAGUUCCAUGAUCACUUACGAGAUCAUCGAACCACAAGAAGAAGAGGCGAUAGUUGGCCAUUUUUACGAUUAUUUUGACAGCUACUGUUGAAGAUGACAAUGGUCUUGACGAAAC